AUGCAAACGAGGAGAUUUUCGCGGGCUUGGGCUGGUCACGUGGAGUUUUCGCGCCAAGCCGGCAGCAGCAGCAGCAUCCCCCCCAUCAGCAGCAGCACGGGACAAGGCAGACUGAGCGGCUCCUCUCUGCACCUACAGCCUCAGCAUGGCGGAUUCUUCAGAGUCAUUCAGCAUUGCGACAAGCCCCAGAACCGGAUCCAGACGCGGAGACGGGCUCACGUCCAGUCCUGGCCGGGAUCUUCCCCCUUUUGAGGAUGAAUCUGAAGGCCUCAUAGGGGAUGAAGUCCUACCGGUGGACGAGGAGGAAGAUGAUGGGGAGGAGCUCAUUGGCGAUGGCAUGGAAAGGGAUUAUCGCCCCAUCUCCGAACUGGAUGUGUACGAGGCAGAGGGCCUGGAUGACGAAGAUGUAGAGAGCCUGACGGCCAGUCAGAGGGGAGCUGCGGAACAGGCAAUGAGAAUGAGAGAUCGGGAAAUGGGCCAUGAUUUGGGCCGCAUGCGUAGAGGGCUUCUUUAUGAUAGCGACGAUGAGGAGGACGAUCGCCCGGCGCGGAAACGCAGGCUGGCCGAACGCGCCGCAGAGGGCGUCCCGGAUGAGGAUGAAGAAAUGAUCGAAAGUAUUGAGAAUUUGGAGGACAUGAAGGGCCACACUGUGAGGGAGUGGGUCUCUAUGGCGGCCACGCGCUUGGAGAUUUACCACCGGUUCAAAAACUUCCUGAGAACCCACGUAGAUGAACACGGGCACAACGUCUUCAAGGAGAAGAUCAGCGAUAUGUGCAAAGACAACAAGGAGAGUCUGGUGGUGAACUAUGAAGAUCUGGCAGCCCGUGAGCAUGUCCUGGCUUAUUUCCUCCCAGAGGCCCCUGCUGAAAUGUUGAAGAUUUUCGAUGAGGCCGCGAAGGAGGUGGUCUUAGUCAUGUAUCCCAAAUAUGACCGCAUUGCCCACGAGAUUCACGUCCGCAUCUCUCACCUGCCGCUGGUAGAAGAGUUGCGAUCGCUCAGGCAGUUGCAUCUGAAUCAACUGAUCCGGACCAGUGGGGUGGUGACCUGCUGCACGGGAGUCUUGCCGCAACUCAGCAUGGUGAAGUACAACUGCAACAAGUGCAACUUUAUCCUGGGGCCUUUCUUCCAGUCUCAGAACCAGGAGGUGAAGCCGGGUUCCUGUCCGGAGUGUCAGUCCCUUGGACCAUUUGAGAUCAACAUGGAGGAGACUGUGUACCAGAACUACCAGCGCAUCACCAUUCAGGAGAGCCCAGGCAAGGUGGCAGCUGGACGGCUUCCUCGCUCCAAAGAUGCCGUCCUGCUUGCGGACUUGGUGGACAGCUGUAAACCAGGGGAUGAAAUAGAACUGACCGGCAUCUACCACAACAAUUACGAUGGGUCCCUUAACACAGCCAGCGGUUUUCCUGUGUUCGCUACAGUCAUUAUGGCCAACCACAUCACGAAGAGAGAUGACAAAGUGGCGGUGGGAGAACUGACGGACGAGGAUGUGAAAGCCAUAGUGGCGCUUUCCAAAGAUGAACGUAUUGGAGAGAAGAUCUUCGCCAGCAUUGCUCCGUCCAUCUACGGACAUGAGGACAUCAAGCGGGGUUUGGCUCUUGCUAUGUUCGGGGGAGAGCCAAAGAAUCCAGGGGGUAAGCACAAAGUCCGUGGGGACAUCAACGUCUUGCUGUGUGGUGACCCAGGGACGGCCAAAUCCCAGUUUCUGAAGUACAUAGAGAAAGUGUCCAGCAGAGCGGUGUUCACGACAGGCCAAGGAGCUUCAGCUGUGGGUCUGACGGCCUACGUCCAGCGCCACCCGGUGACCAAGGAGUGGACGUUGGAAGCUGGAGCUCUUGUAUUGGCGGACAGAGGCGUGUGUCUGAUCGAUGAGUUUGACAAGAUGAAUGAUCAGGACAGAACAAGUAUCCACGAAGCCAUGGAGCAGCAGAGCAUCUCCAUCUCCAAGGCUGGGAUUGUCACCUCUUUACAGGCUCGCUGCACUAUAAUCGCAGCCUCCAACCCCAUUGGUGGCCGCUACGAUCCAUCUUUAACCUUCUCCGAGAACGUGGAUCUGACUGAGCCCAUAGUGUCCAGAUUUGACAUCCUUUGUGUGGUGCGAGACACCGUGGAUCCUGUUCAGGAUGAAAUGUUGGCACGGUUUGUGGUUAGCAGCCAUAUCAAGCACCAUCCUAGCAACAAGGAUGCCGUCAACGGGGAUGCAGAACAACUGGUUUUGCCCAAUACGUUUGGGGUAGAUCCGUUGCCUCAGGAGGUGCUGAAGAAAUACGUCAUAUAUGCCAAGGAGAAGGUCCACCCCAAGCUGAACCAGAUGGACCAGGACAAAGUGGCUAAAAUGUACAGUGAUCUCCGGAAAGAGUCCAUGGCGACCGGCAGUAUUCCCAUCACGGUGCGACACAUUGAAUCGAUGCUUCGUAUGGCGGAGGCGCACGCUCGCAUGCACCUGAGAGAUUACGUGGUGGAGGACGAUGUGAAUAUGGCCAUCAGGGUGAUGCUGGAGAGCUUCAUUGACACGCAGAAGUUCAGUGUUAUGCGGAGUAUGCGGAAGACCUUUGCCCGCUACUUGUCGUUCAGGAGAGACAACAAUGAGCUGCUCCUGUUCAUACUUAAGCAGCUUGUGGCUGAGCAGGUGACGUACCAGAGAAACCGCUACGGGGCGCAGCAAGACACGAUAGAGGUGUCGGAGAAAGACCUUGUGGACAAGGCUCGUCAGAUAAACAUCCACAACCUCUCGUCCUUCUAUGACAGCGAGUUGUUUAAGAUGAACAGAUUUGUGCACGAUGUGAAAAAAAAGCUGCUUAUACAGCAGUUCUGAGCCUGCAUCGGAUACGGGAAGAGCGAUGGACAUUGUGAUAUCGUGCCGUUUCCCGCUCUUGGACGAAGAGGGUUUCUUAAUGAAUUUGCUGGUUUUGCAGCUAAUGGACUGCAGGUAAAACCUGGGGCAUGUGCCGCCGGAGCCGCUCCAACACUGACAGCUCUGCACCUAUGAAAAUGACCGAUAUUGGGACAUAAAUGCCGCGUUUACAAGGCAGCACGGAAGACGCAAUCUGUAUAUACAUACUACCUUUCUCUAUAGCUUACCUUCACUGUUACAGAAGCUUCUAGAGUUAUUGCCGCUGGUAAUUUUAUCAUGAUUCGUGUUCUCUUACACCCACGCACACCCUAACAUCCGUUUACAGGCUUCUCCAUAAAGUCGCCUGUCCUUCCAUAGAUGUCUGCCUGGCCUGUGUCUAAGUGCGUAAUCCAGGAAACAACUUCCGCUACAGUGCCUUUCUGUAUAUUUCUGACGAGUGAUUUAUUGUAAUUUUCUAGUAAAAUACAAGCAGUUUCCUUGCCAA